GAAGUCAUACGGUCAGUCGAGCCGUUGACGUGCUCGAUUCUUCCGUCGGUGACGUGGAAGCCCCAACAAUUACUUUUCUUCUGGAAGACAUUUGUCUUGGCUGUAUUCUAUGGAAAUGGCUCAGACCUAUAUUUCGAAGAUCCAUUCGACCCUGCACACGAUCCCGGAAUGUCCAUCUAACUGGACCGGACAUUAUACUGUCUUUUGCAAGCAGUGUUAUGAACGAUCUCAUGGACUUGUUAUACCCGGCGCCCUACUCGGAUAUCAUCACGUCCCAGUCGUCUUCGUUGCGCAGGAAGUGAACCUGUCGCGGAAGUACCUGUCGAGGAUCUAAGCGUGCGGAGUCGCAGACGCUCUGGUCAGACUCCGAGCGUCUUUUCACAGUCCCGAGAGUACAGGCACAGGUUAUGUCUCGAGCGGAGGCCAUUCCACUAAGACUAUUGUAUACACCGCCGACUGUUGACGGCAUCUACUCGAAUAGGUUGCAUGACAUAUGACAACCGCGAGUGUACAGGGACAUUCGCAUCACUAUUCUCCGCCGUUCCUCUGUUCCCUCAAACUUCACACUCCACUAAGGAUCGAUGUCGCCGGAUCGACGAUCAUCUUGCAAUUUACACCAAGCCCUUCCUUGAAUUAUCCCACAAAGUUACCGGAAUGUCUGAUGCUUUCUGAUGCAGUCGUAACUCCUCAUCGACAUUUCAAUGGUUUUGUCUUGGUUCAUGUGGAGGAUCACUCACUACGAGGACCUGUUUCGCUACCUUACCGGUCUUCAUUCAUCAUGACUCUGCUAAUUCUAUUCAAUGUCUCCCUCGCUUUCGACUAUCCCGCACGACAAAUACCGACGAGAUUGGCAAUUGAAAGCAUGAACUUCGUUCUCUUCUUUCCUACGUCGGAACCAAACGCUAUCGGGCGUUUCGACAACCCAGGCCUGUCAGUCAAGAGACACUGGGAAGCUGCUUAUGAACACCUAUCAUCAAGAAUUCGGCGCGCACUGGCCAGAUAUUGGAUAAUAAUACCGACAGCGGCUGCUCUGGAAUCGUCGGAGUUGAUGAAAGUGUUGAUCCUUGGAGCUCGGGACCAUAUUGUGGAGGAUAAGCAGACAGAUCAGCAGAAGCGGUCAACUGUGAAGGAUGAACGGUUCUCGCAGGGAUGUAUCUUUCUCGUCAGCGCUGAAAUGAAGAUCAUGACAACUGAAAACUCACUCAAGCGAGAUCAUCGGGGACCCGCUAAAUCAGGCUCGAGUCAGAGUACAAUCUUCGUCUUAUUCAAUAUCAUUUUUGGCCGAAUUAACUUAUCAUCAAGAAAGCCCAAAGCUGCAUUGCUGUCACUCGGAGAAAAUGAUCACAAGCAGGAACGACGAAAAUGCAUUAGCUUGGACGCCUCUUUCGGUCGUAAGGCCUCGAUGACGAAGCUCCUGUUAUCGAAUCCCAGAUGAGCCGUAUCUCUCGACUACAGGACUAUUACUGAACUGCAUGCUCGUUCUCGAACGGGCGCUGUGCCAGCCACUGCAGAUCGCCCGAUGCUCAUGAAGGUC